AUGUGGGGCCGACUGAACAGCCGUCUGAAACUUUCCGGCAUCAGGGCACCACGUCUGAACUCGGAGCGGAAGGCCACCAGGACCCUGGGGGUUAUAAUGGGAACGUUCAUUGCAUGUUGGCUGCCCUUUUUUAUCCUGGCUCUGGUCAAACCCAUUCUGGGGGAGGCAGUUGCACAGAGGGUACCUCGCUGGCUCGAGACUGUAUUUCUUUGGCUCGGCUACGCCAACAGUACCAUCAACCCAAUCAUCUACGCCAGAUUCAACCGAGAUUUUAGAACGCCCUUCCGAUACAUUCUGCAGUGUCGCUGCAAGAGUAUCAACGAUCGCAUG